UCUAUAUCAAUAGAGCUAUCAAGAAUUGGUCUUAAUAAGACAGCUUUGCAGUAUAUGGCUUGUAGUUUUGGUCACACAACCAUCGUACGCAACAAAUCGUUUGAAUUUGUUCCCAGUGAUUUAAACUAGCUGACAUACAUAUCGACGUUAAAUCCUUCGUCAUGAUGGAAACAAUGGCGAGACAGAUGAUUAGUUUUGAGCUUGUUCACAUAAUAUCCAUCAUAUUCCUGGGAGGUACCUUGUCUGUCUCUGGAUUUGAAACUUCUUCUUAUACAUGUACAGGGAAACAUGUGUUUUAUGCCGCUGAAAAUCGCGCCCUAAGAGAGUUUGCGUAUGCAGCAAAAACAAUGCGAUCUCGUGUCAUCUGCGGACGGGAAUGCACCAUGGAUGAACGUUGCAAGUCGUUCAACUUUAACGACUGCAGUAAACUGUGCGAGUUGAACCUCGCCACAAGACGAGAGCAUCCCGAAGACUUCAAUGCAACUCAAGGGAGUGUGUACUUUGAUGCAGAUGAGGACACACCUCUCUACUCACUGACUGAUAUCCCCAUGAAUCGCUACAGAAGUUGCAAGAUGCUCUUAGAUGCCGGAUAUUGUUCAACCGGUAUCUUCACAAUCUACCCAGAAGGAUUCGGUAAUGGCAUUCUUCGUGUCUACUGUGACAUGGAAACUGACGGCGGGGGAUGGAUCGUAUUUCAGAGGCGACAAGAUGGCAGCGUGGACUUCAACCGUAACUGGGCCGAGUACCAGUCUGGUUUUGGCAAUCUGCCCGGUGAGUUCUGGUUAGGCAAUGACAAGUUGGUGACUCUGACGUCUGAUGAUACACAAGGAACAUGGGAGCUACGAGCUGAUUUAGAGGACUGGGAGGGCAACACGAGAUGGGCAAAAUACUCAGAUUUCAAAAUAUCUCCGGGUGAGUACAAACUGAAUAUUGGUCAAUACGAUGCGAGCAGCACUGCCGGUAACUCUCUUGGGUAUCACAGAGGACGUUCCUUCACAACAAAGGAUCGUGACAAUGAUGCCAUAAAGUUUAACUGUGCCCAAAGGAACUCAGGAGGCUGGUGGUUUAAGGCAUGUUAUCGCUGCCACUUGAACGGUUUAUAUUACCCAGAUGAAAAUGCAGGUAGUGACGGGGGCGUGCAAUGGUUUGCAUGGAAACUGCGUUAUUCUCUUAAAGCAUGUAGCAUGAAAAUGCGAGAAAUUCAACCAUGACCUAAGAUUCCGUAGUUCUUUUAUGGUGGUGCAUGUACGUCAUGAAUGACUGCACGAUCAUGGUCAUCUAGUAACAUUUCUCGCCUUUAAUAAUUUGGGAUCACUUGUGAUUUCUUUGCACACGAACUGUUUAUCUACUCACAAAGGGUUUUUAAAUGAAAGUGCACGUGCACAUGCAGUGCUGUACAUCUCUUCUCGGAAAAUGAAAGAAGGCUCUUUCCUCCCCACUUUGAAAAUGCAUCUGACCACCAGCAGUGUCUAAGUUAAAUGUUACAUAAUUCCGCAAAUGUCUAAGAUACAGGCGUUGACCUAGGCUUGCUUUUGGACUCGCAUUUUGGACUAAAUAAUUUAUAAAGUUUUUUUUCGGUCAAUUUCAA